AGUUUUUGAUCAUCCCCGUGCUCGGGCCAUCGCCGGGCCCUGGGACUGUCAAACAACGGCUCAGGAUGAAAAGCCGGUCCCGGGACAGAUGCCCAGACCUGUGAAAAAUAACCGCGUCGGAGGUCUGGGCACUCCUCUCUCGCACUGCUCCAGCCGCGCUUGUGGCAGCAGCUCUGCUCCGGGCCCCCCCCCGCUUCGCAGCACGCACCGUGGCGGGAAGAUCUGCCGCUCUGUAAGGCAUCCUGUGUCCUCGCCACGGGCGAGCUGCGGCGACGGGGCGAACGGCCCACAGCGGUAUCCGACCGAAAUCGAGUCGUGGGCAGCCCCAACAAAAUCGCGGCGCCGGAUCGGAGUGCCGAGCGCAGGCGGGCGUCUGUCGCCCCCAGCCGUCGUGCUCUUGCCUGGCCGACCUUGCCGCCCCCGAAUUCGUGAGAAUGAGGAGGAGAAGGAGGAGGACGAGGAGGAGGAGGAGGAGACCAUCCAGGGCGCGUUCGGGCGCCGGCUGCCGUCACGUAGUUCAGGCAGGCUGGCUGCUGCUGCUGGCUGGCUGAUGCUGCAUCGCCAGGCAGGCUCACACGAAGAAGAAGAAGAAGAAGAAGAAAAAUAACGGCAUAAAUAUCGUCCGCGCGGAUUUCUUGGAUCCGCGCUGGACCCCCCUCCCCGGAGCGCGCCAGGGGCGGCGCCGGAGGCGCCGCCGGGGCGGCCCAUUGCAGACCCAAGAAAUCCGCGCGGAGCGCCAAAAGUUUAUGUUUACGGCGUGCUUUCUUCUUCGAAGGCUGCUGCACAUCGCCAGGCAGGCUGGCGGCCGCUGCAUCGCCAGGCGGGCUGCUGCCGGCUGCUGCUGCAUGUACAAUAGGAGGAGGGCGCGCCGAUCGCCGUUGGGGGCUGCGGCGUCAGAAGAGGCCGUCGGGCCCUGGUGCCUCGGAGGGCGCGCACGUGUAGGCCACGUAGAAGCCGAGGGCGUCCACGUACUGCUGGGCGCUGCCGUAGAGUCCCACCAGCCAGGCGCUCCUCGCGCAGGAGAGGUUCCCGUCG